AUGGGUUUGCCGCGAUCACUGUAUUUGAAAGUUGGAGGCCGUUACAUGAUCAUCUACAAUUUGGAUACAAGUGACGGUCUCACAAACGGUGCAACAGGGCGAUUAGUCCAGAUCGAUAUGGGCAACCAGGGGAGAAAGCCGUCGCGAGUAUGGAUCGUCUUUGACGAGCCGGAAGUUGGAUGUAAUGCUCGAAGACGAUACAGCAGCAUCAUUAGCCGUAACCAGUACCCUCAAAACUGGACCCCAGUGGAACCCACAGUCGUAUCAAUUAAGCGAAACAGGACAUCAAAUUUGCAAGUGCUCCGCAAACAAUUCCCACUCCUGCCCGCUGAGGCAAUGACUAUACACAAAAGUUAG